AUGGCGGAAUCCCCCGGCAAGGGAUCUAAAAAGAAAGUCGCAGCUUUGGAACGUGAGCGAGAUGAUCUAGCAAAUGUGAACACACGGAAGAACGAGGAGAUCAAUAAAAUGAAGGAAGAGAUUGAGAAAUUACGUAAGGAUUCGGAGGAUUCGACGGUAGAGCUGGAGGUGGAAACUGCGAGGCUUCAUAAAGAAGUGGUGGAAUCAAAGGUAGAGGCAGAGAAACUAAGGAAGAUUCUAGAAGAGAAAGAAAAUAAGAUUGAGAUGAUUGAAAAAGAAGGAAAAGAGUUGAGACAAGAGAAUGGUGAGAUGGAAAUGAAGGUUAGGGAAUUGGAGAGGAAAAUUGGAGUUAGUGAAAUGAAAGAAGCUGAAAAGAAUAGUAAGAGAGUUAGGGUUGAGGAAGAGAUGAAGGAAAAAGUUGAUGAAAAAAAUAAGAAGGUUGAGGAAUUGGAGAAUGUUGUUAGAAAGAGAAAUUUUUGA